AAAAACCUUGCUCCCUUUCCUGCGCACGCGCGUUCAGCUUGCUUAGCCAUGCGAGUGUUAGUAGGCGGUGGGACAGGGUUUGUUGGCCGAGCCUUAACCCAACUGCUGCAGAGCCGAGGGCAUGAAGUCACCGUUAUCUCCCGCCAGCCUGGAAAAAACAAGAUCACUUGGGAUGAGCUUUCCCGCACAGGGCUCCCUCCCUGCGAAGGUGCAGUCAACCUUUCUGGAGAAAAUGUCCUUAACCCUUUCCAGAGAUGGAAUGAAUCCUUCCAACAGGAAGUGGUCGCCAGCCGAGUCGAGACCACCAAGGCGUUGGCAAAAGCCAUUGCUGAAGCCGAGCAUCCUCCCCGGGCCUGGGUGCUAGUCACCGGCGUAGGUUAUUACAAGCCCAGCCACACCACCAGAUACACAGAAGACAGCCCCGGUGGCGAUUUUGAUUUCUUCUCUCGCCUGGUAACCCGUUGGGAGGCAGCCGCUAAAAUCCCUGGGGACCGCACACGACAGGUGGUUGUGAGAUCUGGUGUUGUGCUGGGCAGAGAUGGCGGUGCCAUUGCCCAGAUGCUUUGGCCCUUUCGCCUCGGCCUGGGGGGCCCCAUCGCUUCCGGCCGACAGCCUUUCCCCUGGAUCCACGUGGCAGAUUUAGCUGGCAUCGUGGCACACGCCUUGGAGAGGGAUGGCGUCACCGGCAUCUUGAAUGGCGUUUCCCCAUUGGCCGUGACCACCACGAGUGGGGAUUUUGCCCAGGCGAUGGGGUCGGCCCUCCGGCGACCUGCCGUGUUGCCCCUGCCGGGCUUUGUCGUCUCUGCCAUCUUUGGCCCUGAGAGGAGCGUCAUGUUGCUCGAAGGGCAGCGUGUGGAACCCAAACGGACUUUGGAAACUAAUUACCGCUUUGUGUUUCCUGAUCUUCCCUCUGCUCUCCGCGAUAUUUUAGCCUGAGCUGAGGGAGGAAGAAAAAUGUGAAUUUGAACUCGGAACCCACUGCUCCAUCCCAGCUGUUCUUAACAAUGACACCUACAAUAAAAGGUGUCUCAUAUCCCCUUAA